UUCAACAAAAUUCAAAGAGAGGGGAGAGAUGCCUCAGCCGUUUCCUUUUUCCUACGGUCGAGAGCAUUGCAGAUAACGAGGCGAGCCUGCGGCUGGAGUUAGAUAAGUCAUCCCAAUCACAUCUGACGACGGAUGGAUUUUAUUUCUUGCUCGCUUUGGUCCGAAGAAAAUAAGAAAUAACUAAAAAAAAGGUCUACACUUGGAAAAACAAUUGGCUCUUCUUCCACGGUUCCACCUACUAGCCUGAUCCGAGGUAUUGCAGCGAGGGAGGCAGACGGAGAGAUGAUAUCGGCCGCCGCGACAGCUUCCUCGUCCUCUUCCCUGUGCUCGACGGCGAUCGCCGUCCCCCAAAGCCGAGGCCUCCGCCUAAGCAAACUCGCCUUCUUCUCCCCACCCAGAAAGGCUGCUUCCAGGAGGAAGGUUUUAACUACACUGAGGGCAUCGGCACGGGUUGAUAAAUUCUCAAAAAGUGACAUAAUUGUUUCUCCUUCGAUACUCUCUGCUAACUUUGCGAAGCUGGGCGAGCAGGUAAAAGCAGUGGAAGUGGCAGGAUGUGACUGGAUUCAUGUUGAUGUGAUGGAUGGGCGAUUUGUGCCCAAUAUCACCAUUGGACCUCUUGUGGUGAAUGCCUUGCGUCCAGUAACUGAUCUACCAUUGGAUGUGCAUUUGAUGAUUGUGGAACCUGAGCAGCGUGUUCCAGAUUUUAUAAAGGCCGGUGCAGACAUUGUCAGUGUUCAUUGUGAGCAAUCUGCAACCAUCCAUCUGCAUCGGACACUUAAUCAGAUUAAAGAUCUGGGAGCAAAAGCUGGAGUUGUUUUAAAUCCUGCAACCCCCUUAAGUUCCAUAGAGUAUGUCCUUGAUGUGGUGGAUUUGGUGUUGAUUAUGUCAGUUAAUCCUGGAUUUGGUGGGCAAAGCUUUAUUGAGAGUCAGGUGAAGAAAAUUUCAGACUUGAGAAGAUUAUGUGCUGAAAAGGGUGUGAACCCAUGGAUUGAGGUAGAUGGUGGAGUUGGUCCUUCCAAUGCAUAUAAGGUUAUUGAAGCUGGAGCUAAUGCUAUAGUUGCAGGUUCUGCAGUCUUUGGAGCAAAAGAUUAUGCAGAAGCAAUAAGAGACAUAAAGACUGGCAAAAGGCCUAUGGCAGUUGCAGUAUGAAAGACAGCUUGUUCAUAAGAAUUACUGAUAAGGCAUUGUUUAUUGCUAAUCUCUUUGCUCCUUGAUAACAAAUAAUAAAAGGUUUGAGAAGAGCAUCAUCUGACAAACCUUGGAUUUCAUCAACAAAUUUCUUUCAAUUGUAUCAUGAUGCUUGGGGAUUGGGGAUUUUAGGUUUGUCACAAGUGUACCGUUUAUAGGAAUUCUUGUACAAUAAAAUGCCACUUAAACUAAGCCAGAGUUAGCUGAUGCUUGGUAUAAGCUUCUGUCACUUCUCACUACUUAUAUUAUGGUACGUCACUUAGAUGCUUGGAUAUAAAGGAAACAUAAAUGUAAGAACCUAGAAAAUUGUACCCUGCAUCUGCCUAUGCGCCCUUUGUAUUUCAGAACUUCUAUUCUAUUUGUAAUUGGAAAAAAAAAAGCUUUCAUCAGCGAGCA